CAGUCUUUCUCUCACACACAUAUACACGCUCACACACACGCACACGGGCACAUACACACCCCGGGCCGGCUCCGUUCGGCUGAGCCCCCGCCCCACAGCGCUCCGCGAUCAGCACCCAGGACAGCGCCAGCCACACGCGUGCGGGGGCGGGGUCCGGGCGGGGCCGGCGCCUCGGUAUCUCUCGGGAGGGUCCUGUCUAGCCACCGAGCAGAAAGAACAGUAAGACCCCGCCGCCAUGUUCCCGGAGCCCCCAACACCGGGGCCUCCAGCGACCGACACGCCUCCUGACUCGAGUCGCAUCAGCCACGGCCCUGUGCCCCCCUGGGCUCUGGCCACCAUCGUGCUGGUCUCAGGCCUCCUCGUCUUCAGCUGCUGUUUCUGUCUCUACCGGAAGCGUUGUCGGAGGCGGAUGGGCAAGAAGAGUCAGGCUCAAGCCCAGGUCCACCUUCAGGAAGUGAAGGAGCUGGGCCGGAGUUACAUAGACAAGGUGCAGCCAGAAGUGGAGGAGCUGGAGCCGACGCCAUCUGGGCCAGGGCAGCAGGUGGCAGAGAAGCAUGAACUAGGACGACUACAGUACUCACUGGAUUAUGAUUUCCAGAGUGGCCAGCUGCUGGUGGGCAUCGUGCAAGCUGAGGGAUUGGCAGCCUUGGACCUAGGUGGCUCCUCUGACCCCUACGUGCGGGUUUACCUGCUGCCAGACAAACGGAGGCGGCACGAGACCAGGGUGCAUCGGCAGACGCUGAACCCACACUUUGGGGAGAACUUUGCCUUCAAGGUCCCCUACGUGGAGCUGGGGGGCAGGGUACUGGUCAUGGCAGUAUACGACUUCGACCGCUUCUCCCGCAACGACUCCAUUGGGGAGGUGCGGGUCCCCAUGAGCUCCGUGGACUUGGGGCGGCCAGUGCUGGCCUGGCGGGAGCUGCAGGCGGCUCCUCGGGAGGAGCAGGAAAAACUAGGUGACAUCUGCUUCUCCCUCCGCUAUGUCCCCACGGCCGGGAAGCUCACCGUCAUCGUCCUGGAGGCUAAAAACCUGAAGAAGAUGGAUGUAGCAGGGCUGUCAGAUCCGUAUGUCAAGGUCCACCUGCUGCAGGGUGGCAAAAAGGUGCGGAAGAAGAAAACAACCAUCAAGAAGAAUACUCUGAACCCCUAUUACAACGAGGCCUUCAGCUUCGAGGUGCCCUGUGACCAGGUCCAGAAGGUUCAGGUGGAGCUGACUGUGCUGGACUAUGACAAGCUGGGCAAGAACGAGGCCAUCGGGAGGGUGGCCGUAGGGGCAGCGGCCGGGGGCGCUGGGCUGCGGCACUGGGCAGACAUGCUGGCCAAUCCCCGGCGGCCCAUCGCCCAGUGGCACUCGCUGCGGCCCCCUGACCGAGUGAGGCCACCGCCAGCACCCUGAUCCCCACCCUCAAGCCCCUGACCCCAGACUCCUAUCCAAAGCCACGUCCAUGCCCACCUUUAAGCCUUCUCUGAACGCUAACACCCCCCCCCACUCUACCCAUUCCUGCCUUCUCCCCAUCCCCAUUAUGCCAAUCAUGAUAACCUGCCAACUCCCCCAAUAUGGCACAUGCCCCAAAGCCCCAGGGACCCCUGGGGGAGGAGGGGAGCAGUCUGGUCUCCCGCCAUCCCAGGGUCUCGCCCUCUGCUUUGACAAUCAGUGAUCCCAGCCUACUAUCCCCUUGGCUCCCAGUAUCCCUUUUCCUGCACAGUAUCACCCACUCCUGUCCCCGGUCUGAUUCCUGCACCGCUCCUGGGACCAAAUAAAUACUCAGCAACUUUG